CUCUGCCUUCCCCUUUUUAUGGUGGUCUAGGAACCUGAUGCGGCUGAAGCUGCAAAACUGGUCCCAGAUCAGCAUAAGCCUGUUUACAGCCUGUAGUAGCAUUGCUCAUUGCUCCUUCUUUCUUCUUCCCUCCCACCCCUGCGCGUCCCCACUACCCCAGUGAGGACUCAAAGUCAGAGGGGGGGGAGGAGGAGGAGGAGUCCAUGUCAGAGGGCGAAAGGGCUAGACUAAUGGAAGAGGUGGAGGAAAAGAAGAAGCUGAUCUCUAAUAUUAGGAGCAAGCCGUGGCGGAUGAAGAGGAGGCUCAAACACCUCAAGGAAGCUCAGGUGUUUGUGGAUAAGUUUGAAGGUGCUCUGGGCAAAGGAAAAGGCAAGAAACUGUAUGCUUUCAAAGUGAUGAUGGCAAAGAAAUGGAUCAAGUUUCAGAGAGACUUCGAUAAUUUCAAGACGGCCUGCAUCCCCUGGGAACGGAAAAUAAAGGAAGUUGAAAGUCACUUCGGCUCUUCAGUCGCCUCGUACUUCAUCUUUCUCCGCUGGAUGUACGGCAUGAACCUUGUUCUCUUCAGUUUGACCUUUGGCCUGAUCGUGAUCCCAGAGGUUCUCAUGGGUCUCCCUUAUGGCUCUAUUCCUCGAAAAACAGUUCCACGAGAGGAACAAGACACCGCAAUGGACUAUUCGGUUCUCACAGACUUUAGUGGUUACUGCAAGUACUCGGUGUUAUUCUAUGGCUACUAUAAUAACCAGAGAACCAUUGGCUUCCUGAAGUUCCGCCUCCCUCUGUCCUACCUCAUGGUGGGCGUUGGGACCUUCGGGUAUAGCCUCAUGGUUGUGAUCCGAACGAUGGCUAAAAACGCAGAUGUGGGGGGUGGGGACAGCGAGGACAGCGAGUUCACCUUUGCCUGGAAGAUGUUCACAAGCUGGGACUACCUCAUUGGUAACUCAGAGACGGCUGACAACAAGUUCGCCUCCAUCACCACAAGUUUUAAGGAGUCCAUUGUGGAUGAACAGGAGAACCAGAAGGAUGAGAACAUCCACCUCAGGAGAUUCCUGCGUGUCCUGGCCAACUUCCUCAUUUUCUGCAUUCUGGGAGGAAGCGGAUAUCUCAUUUACUUCGUAGUCAAACGCUCACAAGAGUUUGCUGGCAGGGACGAUCUGAGCUGGUAUGAGAAAAAUGAGAUGGAGAUCAUAAUGUCGCUGCUUGGACUUGUGGGCCCAAUGCUGUUUGAGACUAUUGCCGAGCUGGAGGAAUACCACCCCCGCAUCGCCCUCAAGUGGCAACUGGGACGCAUCUUCGCCCUUUUCCUGGGUAACCUCUAUACAUUCCUGCUGGCUCUGUUCGAUGAGGUCAAUCAAAAGCUGGUGGAGGAACAAUCCAUCAAGAAUGCAAGCAUUUGGUUAAUGAAGGAAUAUUAUGCCAACUACAGUGCCAGUAACCCGAACGCGACAGGCACGCCGCCCCCUCUCAACCCGGCCGAUGUGAUCCGGGGCCCGUGCUGGGAGACAACAGUGGGGAUAGAAUUUGUGAAACUGACCGUCUCUGAUAUCCAAGUGACGUAUCUGACGAUCCUCAUCGGGGACUUUGUGAGGGCUCUGGUUGUUCGCUUCCUUAACUACUGCUGGUGCUGGGACUUGGAGGCAGGCUGGCCCUCCUAUGGUGAGUUUGACAUCAGUGGCAAUGUCCUUGGACUGGUCUUCAAUCAAGGGAUGAUUUGGAUGGGAGCAUUCUACGCUCCUGGUCUGGUCGGCAUCAACGUCCUUCGUCUCCUGACCUCUAUGUACUACCAGUGCUGGGCCGUCAUGGCCACCAACGUCCCCCAUGAGCGAGUCUUCAAGGCCUCAAAAUCCAACAACUUCUACAUGGGUCUCCUUCUUCUCAUCCUCUUCCUCAGCCUGCUGCCUGUCGUCUACACCAUCAUGUCUCUGCCACCGUCCUUCGACUGUGGGCCCUUUAGUGGCAAAGAGAGGAUGUUUGAUGUACUGAUCGAGACAAUAGAUCUGGAUCUGCCUGCCUUUAUGGGGAAGCUGUUCGGUUAUGCUGCCAACCCCGGCCUCAUCAUCCCAGCUGUUUUGCUCAUGGUUCUGGCAAUUUACUAUCUCAACUCAGUGUCUGAGGCCUAUCAGAACGCCAACAAUGAGCUAAAAAAGAAAAUGCAAAUGGCAAGAGAUGAGGAAAAGAACAGGAGGAAUAACAAAGACAGCACAAAUCAAGUGAUGAAAGAUUUAGAGGAUUUACUACCCAGACGCCCGAAUAUGCCGGAUUCAGAGGAACACGCAGACAAACGCGGUGGAGGAAAACCAUCAAAAGUGAAGCCCGGAUCGGCUGCGAAUGGUGUGAACCUACAGAAAGACGUAUCACUGGCUUCGGCUAAUCCUAAUGCCCGGGGGCCUGUGAACCGAGCCCCAGGCCCCAGGACUGCUGGGCCUCUGCCAGGACACCCGGGUCCACCUCCAGGCACAGGACAUCGCAGGGGACAAUAACACUACACACUAGCACUAGCCACUAGCACUAGAUAGUAUCAGACUACCUCCUGAAUGAUGAAGUGAACUAUGUACUCGGACUAUUAAACCUGUUUAACUGUUCACAAAAAUGAUACAUAAUAAUGAAGCCCUGUCUUAUCUUUUAAACACAUACAUUCAGAUUAAAUGCUGUAUAUUACAUACAAUGGAAUUUAAAUGUAAAAUUGCAAUAUAUAACAUUGUAUAUUCAGUAACUAGCAUCGUUGAGGCGAUAGCGCUGUCAUGUUUUGCUAGGAAUGAUUAGGUAUCUCAUUAUGACUGCUGCUGUUUUCCACUGAAAUCGGGUUAAUUUUAUGCUUUAGAAUACUUUUAUCAUUGAAUAACUAUAUAGUUGUUUUUUGUCUCAGAGUUACAUGGUACACAUGUUGUAGAUUUUUAAUGUUAACAUAUCUAGAUUCUAUAGUGAGUAUAUGUAAGCUGUCCGUAUUAUUUACAGGAUAGUGAAUGUAUAUUAGAAAAUAUGAAAUGAUUGA